AUGAUUGACGUUGAAGAACUAGCUGAGAUGAAGAAGGAUUCGGAGAUGAAGAAGGGAUUAAAAGUAGGCAUUGGAGAUGAAAAGGGUACAAGAGAUGAAGAAGGAAUUGGAAAUGAAAUAGGAAUCGGAGAUGGAGGAGAGUUGGAUAUGAAGAAGAUACUGGAGGUGAUGAAGGAAUUGGAGCUAAAUAAGAAGGAAGAAAAAGGAAGAAGAAAGAAGAAGACGAAAAAGAAGGAAGAAGAUUGA